CUAAAUUCUAGUCCCCGUCUAAAAAACUUCCCAUGAAGCUCUUCAAAAAGGGGAAAUAAUUCCGCAAUAACCACUAAAAAAAUAAGUAUCCAAAAAACUGCUAAAAAAAACAAACAAACAAAUAAACAAACGAGCCCUUAUUGCAUCAUUAUCAUUGUAAAUUCGCCUCAAGGAGAACCAGUCAAGUACAGACCCAACAGCGUCGUAGAGUGUGUCUUGUAUUUGAAUCGGAUUUAGCUGGGAAGAACAUAAGCCGAGGAAUUGAAGGAAAGUGAAAAUAACGGAACGAAAUUGCAUAACAUUCAAAUGCGUUAACUAGUGGUAAAGUAAUAUUUUAUUGGGGAGAAACACCUGGCAAAGAGUUGUUAAAUUGUCGCUGGUUGCAUUAAAAUAAGAAUAUAUAUCAGGAAAAACCUACCCCUCUUUAAAAUUAGGGAUCCUCUCAAGGAAUUUGUAGAUUGGAAAAAGAGAUGGCAGAAGUGGUGGUGAACAUGGUGUUGGAGAGCUUGGCGCAAUUAUUAAUCGAAAAGGUGGAGCUGAUAAAAGGUGUAGGGGACGACUUCAAACUUCUAGUAGAGGACGACUGCAAACUUCUUUCGGAAGAAAUUAAACGGCUGAAAGCCUUCUUAGACGAUGCUGCGAAAUACCACAGUGACAGUGAGAGCAAAGAGUGGGAUCAGUUGAAGAAGGAGGCUCAGAAAAUGCUAUAUAUAGCUGAGGAUCUCGUUGAUAAGAGCCAGGUUCAAUUGAGGCCGCACAGAGAAAAGAAUAAACUGCUAAGGAAGUUGGGUGUCGGCAAUAGUGGUACGCUCAGGGCUCUUGCAGUUGAGACUAAAAGCAUCCUGGAGAAGGUGAAGCAACUUCGCCUACGAGCCUUCCAGCCCAAACCACUGCAGGAAUCAUUAGAACCCGCUGAAGUCAUUCCUGAUCCGGUAAGCGUUCUGCAAAGGAUGGAAAAUGAGUAUGAUUUGCCUGGAUACCACAAGAAAAACAUAAAGUUGAUGAAGACUGAGCUAUGGUUUCUGGGUACAUUUUUCCUCUUGGGGAGUGGAGACCUGCAAAUAAAGAUCAAAAGUGUUCUGAAAUUUGCAGAAGAUGUCUUCGGCUCUGACUCUAAAUUUGACUACUUUGGUGUGCUAGAAACCAUUGAGUCUGUCAGAACGGAACUCGAAUCCAUUGACGAUCUCGGGUACAAUCUCCCAGACGAGUGUGGUAUUUAUUUUGAAACUACAGCUCCAGCUGUUACUGCGACUCCCCUGACUCUCGAACCUGUGGUGGAAUACAUAGACAACGUUGUAAAGAAUGCCAAGGAUCUGGUAAUUGUUCGUCUCGACAAGAAGCCGUCUGUUGUGUCUAAUGAGGCACAGAGCAGCACAUAUGCUUCUGCAAAGGCUAAAGUAGAAUUGGUGGAAAAGGAGUUGAGCGCACUCAGGAACUUUGUGUGCUUUCUCGGAAAGAUAUGCAGUUCAGAACAACAAGACUGCUGGCAGACUUUGUUGUGUCAUGCUGAUUAUGUGGCUACCUGCACAGCAAUUACAUUCUAUAUCAGUAUGGGAUGUAGCCUUCCUGAUAAACUGGAGGAAAUGAUUCAGCAUAUUAAGCCACGCGUCCGAGUCUUCUACACAGAUGUCCUGAGAUAUUUAAAGUUAUCAGGCACUCUCGUCGUCAUGCCCCCAAUUGAAUUUGCUGAUGGAUUCAUGCAGUCUCUUCAGCAAAUAUCCAUGGAGUUAACAGAGUCUUCUUCCUUGACUGUACAUCAAAAAGAAUCCGUUGCAGAACAACUUAACUCGUUGAGAAUCUUUCUGAAUGAGUUACCGUUGAUUAACGACAUUCAGGAUGAGAUGAAGAUGCAUUUCUUCAAACGGCUUUCGAGGGUGGUCAUUGAUGCUGCACUUGUUGUCUACUCAUCGGGUGAUAGCAACAAGGAAGAUUGGCAUCAAGAGUUACUACUUGUCUUAGAAACGAUUCGGUCUGUCAAAAUAAAGAUUUAUCAAAAGAUUCGAGAGUGGGUAACGUCCCAUUUGCCUAAGAAUGAUAAAUUGGCCUUUUCCAAUCAGCUUCUCAGCUUCAAGGAGUUCCUUUCUGUCCAUUCUGAUUCCCUUGCUUCUGUGAAGAAUCAACUCGAAGUAGUCCAUGAGGAGCUUACAUUUUUCGAACCUUCCGUCAAGAGUGUAGCAGAACAAGGCAAUAACAAGCUGUGUAAUGAACUUGAAAAUCUUGUUGGAAGAGUCGUUGAUAAGGCUUUUGAGGCAGAGUACAUACUUGAUUCAUUUGCGAUUAGAGAUGCACCUCUUACUUUUCUUACCAUGUGGCUCUCGGAAAUCAUAAAGGAGAUUAAGCUCAUUAAGACAGAGUUAACCAAAUCCAAGGAAAAGAAUAUGACAAGUGCCUCCAAUGCUACCAACGAAGAACUCGUUGGUUUUGGAGAUGUCCGGAAGACUAUAAGAGACCAGCUAGUUGGAGGAUUAAAAGAACUGGAUGUCGUUUCCAUUGUGGGUAUGGCCGGUUCAGGCAAAACGACCCUUGCCCGAAGUUUUAUCAAUGAUGAUAUAAUUGUUUCUCAUUUUGAUUUCCGGGCAGAGUGUCGCGUUUCACAAGAAUACACACGGGAAGACUUGCUACUUUCCAUUUUGAUUUCUUCUAAUUGUAAUGAGCCCACUGAAAUCAGUAAAAGAAGUGCUGAUGAAUUAGCUGAUAGACUACGGAGAAUUCUACUGCCAAAGAGAUACCUCUUAAUCAUUGACGAUGUGUGGGAAGUAAAAGCAUGGGAAGACUUGAAAUUAUGCUUUCCUGAUAAUAGAAAAGGUAGCAGAAUCAUUUUGACCAGCAGACGUAAAGAAGUUGCUGUGCAUGCUAAAUGUGUCACUGAACCCCAUUAUCUUCGGAGUCUGGAAGAGCCAGAAAGUUGGUUGUUAUUACAGAAAAGGGUAUUUGGGCAAGAAAUCUGCCCAGAAGAGUUGAAGGAAGUUGGGCAAAACAUAGCAAAGAAGUGUAAUGGGCUACCACUUUCCAUUGUUAUAGUCGCUGGUCUUCUCGCAAAGAUGGAUAAGACAGAAAGAUGCUGGACGCGGACGGAGUUAUGUUUUGGGGAAACAGUGCAGGAUGGCGCAAAGGAUUUAGUAAAACUAAGUUACGAUGAUUUACCUUACAAACUGAAACACUGCUUUUUGUAUUUCGGAGCAUUUUUAGAGGACAGAGAAAUUUCAGUGUCAAAAUUAACAAGCUUAUGGAUUGCUGAGGCGUUCAUAAAUAAUGAUGAGGAGAAGUGUUUGGAGGAUAUGGCAGAAGAUUACUUGGAGGAUCUUAUUGGAAGAAACCUUGUCAUGGUAACUAAGAGGAGAUCAACCGGGAAGAUUAAAGCAUGUCGUGUGCACGAUCUGAUACUCGACUUCUGCAAGGAGAAAGCUAAGGAAGAUAAUUUUCUUUUGUGGCUGAAAAGAGAUCAAGAUGCCAAUUAUCCACAUUUUUAUUCUGAAAAGCCUGUGCAUCGCCGCUUAUCAUUUUGUUCUAAUCAAGAUGAUCUUUCUCGGUGGAGGCCGUCAUGCUCACACGCUCGUUCUCUGUUAUUCAGGGAGCUUAGCGUUAAUACAUGUUCUUCAAUGGGACAUGCCUCUAUCAUCUUUAGCAACUUCAAGUUUCUCAGGGUGUUGGAUUUGGAGUUUGUUGCUGUGAAAUCUUUUCCCACCGAAAUUAAGCAUCUGAAGUACCUUGCUGUUCAAACUCCUGAGGAUUCUAUUCCAUCAUCCAUAGAGAACCUCUCGAAUCUUCAAACUUUCAUUGUCAAGAGAAACGGUGGACAGGUACUGUUGCCGGAUACUCUUUGGAAGCUGAGAAAGUUGAGAAAUAUAAGCAUUAGUGACAGUGCUUUGUUUGAUUUGCGUGGUGCACAAGAAUCUCUUGAUGGAAGACUCUCAAAACUGGACAAUUUGGCAACACUUUCCUCAAUAUAUGUUUCCAAUGUGGACAACAUGGAGAGGAUAGCAGGAAGAACACCCAAUCUUCGGAAGUUAAGAUGCAUAUUUGCUGAUUCAGGGCGUUGGGGAGAGAAUGAAAAUCGUUUUCCUGUAUUUGACUCAUUAUCUCAACUUGAAACACUAAAGGCGGUCUUCACCAGUAUUCCAGAGAUAGGUCCUUCAAGAUUAAACUCUCCAAUGAAUCUUAAGAAAUUGACAUUAUGCAAAUUUCCUCUGCCGCCUGUUGAGAUUUCUACCAUUGCCAACCUUCUCAACCUUGAGGUACUUAAACUGCAACAAGUCGUCUUCGAGGGGGAUGAAUGGGAAGUUAGAGAUAAUGGGUUCCAUCAGCUAAAAUUCUUGGAACUAGAAAAUCUCAAACUCUCAAAAUGGAUAGUGUCUGAGGAAGCCUUCAGUUGCCUCAAGAAAUUGGUUCUGGAUAGGUGUUUACAUCUCGAAGCAAUCCCUGAUUGUUUUGAGGAACUGGGUCAUUUGCAAUACAUUGAGGUAAAAUCAUGCAGUGAAGACGUUUCCAACUCAGCCAGGAAUAUCAAAGAAACAAGAGUUGAUAACGGGCACAAAUGCGACGUUAAAGUCUUUUCUUAGCUUGAAAUAUUAGGGCUGCAAGUCUGCAACCUUCAGUUCAUUUCCAAUAUGAUUGCAGCUAUUGUUUGUUGUUGCUGGUUGUAGCAGAGGGGUGUUUGCUGCUUUGUCUCUCCACUGUAAUACUUUUGGGGCUUGUUUCACUAGUAGUCUUAUGGUCUUUUCUGAUAAGUUAUGACGUUGCUGGUUGUAGCAGAGGGGUGUUUGCUGCUCUGUCUCUCCUGUAAUACUUUUGGGGCUUGUUUCACUAGUAGUCUUAUGGACUUUUCUGAUAAGUUAUGACUUCAUUUCUUAGUGCACCGGGUUGCCUCUUUUUUUUUUUUUUUUUUUUUUUUUUUUGUUUAUGGAUUGGGGGAACGUUGUUUGAUUUUUUCACGAUAUUUUAUGAUACUUCCUUUUUACAAAUAUGAUGUUAUACUGGGUAUGUUGUUGAUGAUGUUAUGUUUCCUCCUUAAUAUGGAUUGUUAGGAGGUUUGUUAAUCUGUAUCUCAAGAUACUUUUAAUA